GGGAACAGCUCGGUUCCCCUGCUCCUGCAAUGGGCAAUGAACCUUCAAAAUAUGAAUGGAAGAAAAUCUCAAUUUGUUUUAUUUUAUAGUAUUAUCAUGCAACAGUCAUUCCCAAGCUUGAGACCUGUGCAUCGUACCACCUGUGGGAGCCUCUUGGAGACCCACAGGGACCUGGGGGCCAAAUCAGACAUUGUUUCUCUCCUGCUUAAGAUUUUUCAAUGAAUUUCCAUCACCUACCAGAUAAAAUUGAAGCUCCUAUGUUGAGUCAUAAGCCCCCCUGCAAUCCGGCCCCAGCAUGCCUUCCUGCCCAUAUUUACCAUUUCCUUCCCUUUAUAGUACUCAAUUACUAAUAAUUCUCUCUCACACUACAUUUGCAUCUCUGGCUCAUUAUGUGAAACUCCCUUUCCAUCUUUGUUGCCUAGCAAAGUUAUUUACUCAGGACUCUGUUUGUCCAUCCCCUGUAGAGGAAAAAAAAAACUUCACUAAACCCCACCACUGUCCUGAAUGUCCUUACUCUGUACUCUCAUAGCACCCUCUCAGUUUCUUGUUUUUUUAAUUUUCCAUUUUAUGUUUAAACAAUCAGUUUGUUUGUGCAUUUUGCAUAUUAACAAUCUAAGCUGGGAGAGGCUGGAUCAGAUUGAAGUUGUCUAUCUGUACUGCUCAAGGCAAGGCCUGGCAUGGAAUAUUUUUUUUUUUAUUUAAAUGAACUGACUUGACUUCCCUUGAGCUGGUUUGGCUCUGAGGCCCUGUCACUAAAUUUGGUCUCUUAUCUCAGAAGUUGAAGGUCCCCCUAGCGCCAGCUGCUAAGUUCCCAAAGGUCUGACAACACCACAGCCUAUCAACCGCAGAGCGGGCUGCCCUGAACCUGAGUCCCGAAACACACAGUCAGGGGUUAGAUCAGCAGCAGAAGAGCAAUGGAAGCUAUGUGGCCCAGAUGCCUGUUUCUAUUCUUUCUCCUCACGUGCGAGCUGUCCCCAGAGGUCGUUGCAGAAAUUCAGGAAUCCUCAGACGAUUCCCCUGCUCCCCAGGAACCUGUGCGGCUCACAGAUGUCCCAGAGGCCAUGGAGUUUAUUGCUGCUGCUGAGGUGGCUCUCUUAGGCUUCUUCCAGGAUUUAGAAAUACCAGCAGUGUCCAUAUUCCGUGAUGUGGUGCGAAAAUUCCCAGACGUGGCAUUUGGAAUCAGCACCAGUCCCCAGGUUCUGGCCCACUACAACCUCACGGGAAACACCAUUUCCCUCUUCCGUCUGGUGGAUAACGAACAACUGGAUUUAGUGAGUGAAGCCAUUGAAAACAUUGAUGCCAACAAAUUAAGCCGUUUCAUUGAGAUCAACAGUCUCCGCCUGGUGACAGAGUACAAUCCUGCGACUGUGAUUGGCCUAUUUAAUAGCAUGGUUCCGGUUCAUCUUCUCCUGAUGAUGAACAAGGCCUCUCCCGAGUAUGAAGAAAGCAUGCACAGCUACCAGAAGGCAGCUAAGCUCUUCCAGGGGAAGAUUCUUUUCAUUCUGGUGGACAGUGGUAUAAAGGAAAAUGGGAAGGUGAUAUCAUAUUUCAAACUAAAGACGUCUGAACUGCCCGCUUUGGCGAUUUACCGGACGUUCGAUGAGGAGUGGGAUACACUGCCCACGGCAGAAGUGUCAGUAGAGCUUGUGCAAAACUUCUGUGAUGGAUUCCUAAAAGGGAACGGGCCGAGAGAAAAUGAUGAAUCAGAAGAAAAGACUCAAAAGGUGGAACUCUGAAUUCUCUCUGGUGCUUCUGCAUGCCACCCAGUGUCUACUUUACGCUGAAAACAGAGGGGCAACCCAAACUCAGACCCACUAAACAACAAAACCAUCUGGCCCUGCACACACACGCAACCCCAUUUCGUUCCUUAAGAUCUCAUUUACUCUCCUUGCGCUUUCUUUUAAUUUGCCUACAUGCUCUCACUACCCAUCCAAUUUUCUCUUACUCAUGCGUACCACGCAGGCCUAUACACUGCAGUACCACCAAACCACCACUGGAUGGAGGCUUCAAGAGAAGUAUAUGAUACAGCUGUGAAGAAAAGACAGGCCUCGAAGGAAAUGUUCUGAUUUAUCAUUUCAUAUUGUAUUUGGACACUGCACGUGACUUACACAUAACAUAGUUUCUUCUCUAUUAGUGUUACUUCAGGGUUGAAACUCUAGUUUCUUCAUAAGUACAUGUCCUCCCUCUCAUUCGGGGCCAAGAUCAAAAGGAUGGUUUUAAACUCCUUUCUGGAAUGGUCUUUUUGCCAGAAGUCAAAUGAUGUUCCUAAGGUCCUGAACUCAACAGAAACAGACCAAGUAAAAACUAAAUGCUUGGUUAGCAUUCCUAACUCCCCAUGUAUAUCCACAAGUGCGCAAUAAAAGGCCAUAAUGUUAUAAGAAAAGACUGGCAUCUCUCUGCAAACCUUUUGUAAAUACCCAGCUGCCCAACUAAGCAGUGGGGACCUCACCCUUCGGUGCCCACUGUCAGUCAGGCUACAAGCCACUAAUUUGUUAUUGUUCACUCCGUGGGUGGGAUGGGAGGUGGGUAGAGACCAUCCUGUGCGAGAAUUAGUGUAAAGAUAGCCAAAUUGCUCAGAAUCAAAUCAGGUAACAGGUUAGGGAAGAGGUAGGAGGAGGGGAGCACUUGGCCUUGGGGCAGGCUAGUGCUGACUCAGCCCAGAUUAUUGCAGGUGAGGUGUGCAAUCCAGCCCUUUGUGGGAGGGAGGGCUUGGCCAAGUGUCUCUGGCUCAUAGGCUGUUACUGUCCACACACAAAUGCUACAUUGUUCCCAGGAGGCCCUUGGCUCAGAAGGAAAGUGCCUAAGUGCUCAAGAGCUAAAAAACCACAGCGUACACCUAAGGACUGGUCCAAGCAAGGAACAGAGUGUGAAAGACUUAGUUGUUCCCUUUAGCCUCUGAGCUGGGAGUCAGCAGCUGGCAAGGACACUGAAAGCAGCUGUGUAAGGCACACCUCUCUGCAACCUGAGACGGGCGGAUUCUGAGCAGACCAUCCAGUCUAUCCACCCGGCUGCAGAAAACCACCCAAACAGUCUCUUGCUCGAGGCUGAAAAAUACUCCAAGGGUAGCACAUCCCAGAAGCCUCCCUUUGAUCCUGUAAACCAGAGCUGUUGACAUUUACAGUCAGGAAAUUCUUCCUGAUAUCCAGCUGAGGACCCCCAGCCACACCAGCUUAUUUCUUCUCACCCACACUCCGGGAAAUUCUUAGCAGCUGCCAAUCACCAUCUCCAGGCAGCAACUGGACACUCGCUGGUUGCCUUCAAGCCUCCUUAUCCAGUCUUCUUUUCUCCAUGCUCACAACCCAACGCUUUAACCAAUGUAUUUUUAAUUUCCAAAUUAUUUGAUUUACUUUAUUAUGUUUUGCUCUUCCCUCUUUCUCAGCUUUGCCUCCUUCUUGCUUAAAACAGUGAAAUUCCAAACUGUCGUACCAAUUUGGUAAAUACUAAUGACUAAAUCUCGAUGAGUUGUGUUUUGUUCAAUACUGGGUUAAUUUUUCCAUUAUUGUAUUUGAAGUGUUCUCCCCAAUAACUAAGGUCAACACUGACUACAUAGGUUUUAAUAUCUUAACUGUGUAUUGUGCUGCUUGGUGGCAUUCAAUAACAAUUUUAUUAUAGAUUGUCUUUUGCAUGCUUACUUUUUAUCUUUACAAUAUUGAAUUUAAGUAUUCCUUCUCGGUUUGAGUUUUAUCCAAACCACAAGGUAUUUUUUUCCUGUCUCCUUCAUAGCUGGUCCUGUUCUUUGUAGCUCUGGGGCCUCGUGACCAAAGAAUGGAAUUUCUUCAAAAAGAAAAUUUGUGAAAGUUCUAAUUCAUUCACUAAAGAUCAGGCUUCAUAUUAUAAACUUCUGUCAUUUAUAGAUUUUUCUCUACCAUUUGGUAAUAUCUUCUUAAAACUCCACAUUCAUUUACCAAGGCUGUUUAUUGUUGAAAUAUCUAGAUAUACCUCAGCUAUAUUUUACUGUGGACUCAUUUAUUGGCCCUGGUUGGAAAGACUGCCAUACAUUUUCUUCCAAGUAUAAAGGAAAUGGAGAUGUUAUGCAAGGAAACUUUGCAAAAAGAUUUUGGAAGGUUUGGAAGGCCGUGAUAGGAGGAAGGAGUGGGAGCAGGACCUGAGUCAGAGGAGUGCCAGGAGAGCUUUUGUGUUUGAGUCUCACCUCUUCGGUGAUCUUGAGCAAAUCACUUUGUGUCUUUGAACUUUAGUCAUUCAGAAUAAUACAAUAAUUCAUAGCGAGGGUGUUUUU